AUGCAUCUCACGCUCGUCGUCACCCCUAGUGCCCUCCACGCCAGGAUGUGGGAUGAGGCGCGGAGCGUCGCGGCGACUCGCGUCCCUCUGCGCGAAAUGGGAGUCGGGAUGCCCCCACUCGACCAACACACCCUCCUCACAGCGCUUGAUGGCGCCUUAGCGCUUCUCAGCUCAGUCGACCUCGCGACCGUCACGUCUGUCAGUGGCGCGGCGUAUCCCGCUCUCGUGGGCGACGGCGUGACGGACGCUUUCACGCCCCAAGCGGACGGCGUGCCACUCACUAAGUGGCUCGAGCACUCUCUGUCGGAAGAUGGUGUUACGACGCCGCGUUGGCGCGCUUGGGGCCUUGAUUGUCAUGUGCUGCCUUUCCUUCCUCUCGCCACGGCUGCGGCUGUUAGCACGGCUCCGGGGCCAAACGACAUGGUGCUCCUCCACGACGAUCUCGACUUGCUCGUCCUCCCGUCCUCGGACGUGUUCCAAGGGAGCGUGGUGCAGGACCCCAACGGGCGUGUAGGCCGCAUGCUCCUGCGUGACAAGUAUGGUAGUGGCCGAUGGAAUGUGCUCGCCAAGCUGGCGAUGCUCUUCGCGCCAGGCGGAAGCAUCGGCGUCGACAACAAGCGCUUCGCGUUUGUCCGCCCCUUCGCGAUCAAGGCUGGGACAGUGCGCUUUGAGCACGGUGAGCCCGUCGACGAGUUCUACGACCUGCGUGCGAACACACGUUGCGUCCUCGAGUCUCAGGUUCUCACGUACAAGCAGGCAGCGGGGACACACUGUCCAGCGCGCGUCAUCCUGCUGACUGACGAGGACAACCCGGCUAUUCCUCACCUCCUCGCCAGCGUGUUCGACUGCGCGGUACUCGCUCCCCUCUCCCCAAAUACUUCUACACCUGCCGCGGCAGCGGCAUACGGCUGUGCCCUUCUCGCUGCGGGCGGGGACAUGGUCGGUGUCCGCGCACUCCUUAACGCUCACCAUGCCGAGUAUACCCGCACACCGCCGAUGGCACACUGUAAGGCGCCAUCCUCGACACUGCCCACGCCGCCCAGCACGGGCGGCGGCCCAGCCCGUCUGGGCUUCACGCUCACCACCACCUCGACGCCCUUCAAGAUUCAGACGCCACCAUCGCCUGCAGCUUCAGACGACGGGGACGGGCCUGAGCCGUGGCUCCGUGAGCUGGAACGUGCGCCCCAGGAUAAGUGGGAGUGUGCGAUCUAUGCGGCCAUGAUGCCAGAGUUUACGCGCGUACGCGCGCUGGUCGACUCUGGCGUCAUCCACCCCGGAACAUUCUAG